AGAGAGAGAGAAAGAGAGUGAGUGAGAGGGCAGAGCGAGAGAGAGAGCGUCGCUUUUCUCCAGCUUUAAUGGCGUGAUACAGUGUGUGUGUAUGUGUGUGAUAUAUUAUACAGUAUAACGUAUGUGAAUCAUUUAAGCAAUCCAUUCAUAUUUGCAUGCUUCACCAACUCUUUUCCCGAAAUUAAUCCCCAAACCAAAAUGAGCUAAAAGAAAAAAAAAAAAAAACAAAACAAAAAUAAGGAGAAAGGAAAAUCUUAUAAGUAUAUUUCUUUUUUCGAUUUUGGAAACGAAAACAAAAUGAAGAGACUUUUGAAAUCUCACCAUACCACUGCCCCACUUUUUCCAUAAUUAUUAUCACUCGAACUUUUGGUUUUCCUGAGGCCAAUCCAGAUGCUGAAAAUCGCUAAUCUCUCACGCGUUCUCCGCUUUGAUGUUUGUAUUUAGAUUAUUGUGUUUUCACUUUUGAUUUUGUUGUGCAAUCUAGUGUUGUACAUUUUCUACAAUUUUUUUCCUUUUUUUUUCUAAUUAUUUUUUUGAUUUAUCUGUUUGUGUGUGUUUAGUGCUUUGUGUGUGUGUGUGUGUGUGUGUGUUUUGUGAUGUUUGAGGGAGUGAAGAAUCAGAAGAAGGGCGCAGAAAACAUGAAGGAUGAUGAUGAUGACGAGUUGGAAAUGUUGCUUGGUAAGAUCUCUCAUGCAACGUCGUCGUUUAAUCUUCAUUCUGCCCACAGCGAUGCACAUCGUCAGCAUCAUGUCGAUCAUGGUUGUGAUUACGGUUUUCGUUAUGGCCAUGGUCACGCGUCACGUGUGGUUCACAAAAUGAAUGGCCACGGCUAUGGUGAUGAGCUCUUCGAGCACAAGUAUGCGCGUGAGUCUUCCCCUGUUAGUGGCUUUUCUAUAAAAUCAGAUGGUUCUUCGUCGAGUCUGUUCCAUGGCGGCGUGCGCUCGUUGUAUGAGAUUGGAUCGCAUUUGGAAGAACUGAAACCCCAGCUGAUCCCCGGGAAUGGAUUCUGGCCGGAUUUCAAGGUGGCUGAUGAGAACAAAUUGUUUGGUGAUUUUAAUUUGUCGAGAAAUUUUAGUAAAAUGUACGUUAGUGAAGAGGAGUGUGCUAAUGGAAGCGUUGGGAUGAAUUUCGAGAGAUACGAGGCGUCUGAUGAUGGUAGGAAGGGGUUUUUGGGGUGCGGGGGGUUUAGCCUCUCCGGUGCUAGAGGGAAUUCGAGGAUUCAAGGGGAGAAUGGUGCUGCAUUGGUGGAAAUGCAGCAUGAGCGGAGGAGUGGUGAUCCGCGGUAUCCACCUGGUCUGUUUGAUGGAAUGUUUUCGCGGUCAGAUUUUGGGGGUAAUGUGUUUGGAGAUGGGAGUUACCCUCUGGGGUUUGUGGUACCAGGUGUGGCCUCGGGUUCAGUUGGUGAUGCUUUCCGUUGUGCUUCACGAAAUGGGAUGAAUCUGGUUGACGGGAGGGACGCUUUUUACUCGCCUAAUGUGGUUCAGUUGACACGCAUUCUGCCCCGUUGUGGUGAAGAAAAUGUACUUCAGUACCAGCCAUCUGUGUCUAAUGGGCGAAACAAUGUGCCUCUCCACGUUAGAGUGCCUCAAGGGAGUAUCGAUGCCUUUACCAGUGAGGAUAGUUUGAUCAUUCAGGGGGAGAGUGUUAAUUAUGGGAUGGGUAGAGGACACACACAUUUGAGGGGUGACAAUCUGAGGGGUCUUCAUCAUCUUGAGAAUGCUGCUGAGAAGCCUCGAGAAAGGUUUCAGCUAAAUGGCUGUCUCCGUGUUGCUGCAGUCCGCGAUGGUUGCCACAGUCCAAGGACGGUCUGUCCUUUCUCCUCACCUUCAAAGUGUACCUCCCUUGCAGAGGCUCAAGGAUACAUACAUGACAUUGCUAAGGAUCAGCAUGGUUGUCGAUUUUUGCAAAAGAUAUUUGAAGAAGGAACUUCUCAAGAUGUGCAGAUAAUAUUCAACGAGAUAAUUGACCAUGUUGUUGAGCUCAUGAUCAAUCCAUUUGGAAAUUAUCUCAUGCAAAAAUUAUUGGAAGUGUGCAACGAAGAGCAGAAAACGCACAUAUUGCUGAGGGUGACUGAGGAGCCAGAGGAACUUGUUAGGAUCUCUCUGAACACACAUGGCACUCGGGUGGUCCAGAAAUUAAUCGAGACACUUAAAACAAGACAGCAAAAAUCACUUGUUAUUUCAGCUCUUGAACCUGGUUUCCUUGCACUUAUCAAGGACUUAAAUGGUAAUCAUGUUGUGCAACGGUGCUUGCAAUGCUUCACUACUGAAGAUAGUAAGUUCAUUUUUGUUGCUGCUGCAAAGUACUGUGUGGAUAUUGCAAUGCACCAGCAUGGGUGCUGCGUUCUGCAGCGUUGCAUCAGUCAUUCCACAGGAGAAUUUCGGGAAAAUUUGGUUGCUGAGAUUUCAGCAAAUGGACUCCUACUUGCACAAGAUGCAUUCGGAAAUUAUGUUGUUCAGUUCAUUUUGGAACUUAAGAUACCAUCUGCCACAUCCAAGUUGACACGUCAGUUUGAAGGUAACUAUGUCAAUCUAUCCAGACAAAAGUUUAGCAGCCAUGUCAUCGAAAAGUGUCUUGUGGUAUGUAACAAUGAAACACGGUCAAAGAUCAUCCAUGAAUUGCUCUCGGCCACUUACUUUGAGCAGUUGCUUCAAGACCCUCAUGCAAAUUAUGUUGUGCAAACAGCUCUUCGAGUUACUGAGGGGUCCCUACACAGUUCUUUAGUUAAUGCAAUUGAAUCCUACAAGAUGAUCUCGAGGAAUAGUCCCUAUUCCAAGAGGAUUUUCUCUCACAAGGUUUUGAAGAGGUGAACUACUGUCUCCUUCCAAUGUUGUUCGAACCUGACCCCAUGUCCUAACGGGCUCCAUGCGUGAAAAUUUAGCUGUCACUCAUGCUCGCCAAGGACCAGAUGUUUUGUCAAUUUUGAUCAAAACUGUUUUGUUACACCGGCUUUUGCUUACCAGAAGAGUGUAAAGAAAGGCAAUCAUGCUUCUAGUCACUUGAAACACAGAAUUGCAUUUGUACAAUUGUGCUUUUGUUGUUCAGGUUAACGUUUAUCCACGUGCUCGUUGGAUCCUCUCCAUCUGACCGUACAGUGUAUAUAGGCCCAAGUUAUGCAACAGAUUUAGCUAUACGAUUUGCAAGCUUUUUGAUUGCAUGUUCAGCACUGGUAAAGAAUUGCAUAAUCCUGCUGCGUAUUUCC